AUGAACUCGCUCCUUUCGCGGCCGCUCGCCGCAGCGCGCCAACCGGCCUUCCUUCCCCUCACGACCCUCCGCACGAUCAUGGUCCCCAAUGCGGACCGCACAACGCCGUUCAAGAUGCCCCCCAAGGACCCGCGAACAUUCAAGCCGUACGCAAAGACAUGGCCCGACCCUCGCCGCUCGCGCAAGCUCAACGCCAACAAGCCACUGUUCCAGCCGACGGAGCGCGACCCGUCCAAGUACCUUGCCCAUCAGCGCCCUGCGACCCUGCACGCCACGGCAUCGCGCGAAGAGCUGCUGUCCCGCGCCUUCAUGGUCAACCGCACGCCGUGGGGCCAGCUGGCCGUGUACAAGACGGGCCGCGGCACAAAGGUGUAUACCAAGAUCCGCAAGGUCGAGGGCGACAAGAAGGCGUUUGUGAACCAAAUAUCAGAGGACCUUGCCAUCAAGGCUGGCGAGAUCUCGAUAAACCCCGUCACGGGAAACAUCCACGUCAAGGGCGUCCGCGUGCAGGAGAUUUGCAACUGGCUCAUGGACAAGGGCUACUAA